CGGCUCGCCUUUUUCUCCUUCCGCAGAGUCCGGGUUUCCGCUUCCCCCGCAGGCGCUGGGUGAGAGGGAGCUAGGCUGAGCCUCGGUGCCGCCGCUGCAGCCAUGUGGCCCCCGGACCCGGACCCCGACCCCGACCCGGACCCCCAGGCCGAGAGCGGCUCCCGGGCUGGGGCGGCGCUGCCCGCACUGCGCGCCCUGCUGCCGCCGCGCGCCUUCCUCUGCUCGCGCAAAGGCCGCCUCCUGCUGGCGGAGUCGGGCCUCUCCUUCAUCACCUUAAUCUGCUACGUGGCGUCCUCGGCGUCCGCCUUCUUCACAGCGCCACUGCUGGAGUUCCUGCUGGCCCUCUACUUCCUCUUUGCCGAUGCCAUGCAGCUGAAAGACAAGUGGCAGGGCCUGUGCUGGCCCAUGAUGGAUUUCCUGCGCUGCGUCACGGCGGCCCUCAUCUACUUCGCCAUCUCCAUCACGGCCGUCGCCAAAUACUCAGAUGGGGCAUCCAAAGCAGCGGGGGUGUUUGGUUUCUUUGCCACCAUCGUGUUUGCCAUCGACUUCUACCUGAUCUUCAACGACGUGGCCAAAUUCCUCAAGCAAGGGGACUCUGCGGACGAGACCACAGCCCACAAGGCGGAAGAAGAGAAUUCCGACUCGGACUCCGACUGAGGCCUUCACGCCUGCGCCCUGCUGCUGGGAGUGUGGCCGGCGGGGGACACGGCGUGGGGGGGAGGCUGCGGCCACUGCAGGUACAGCUGGAGCAGGCCUCCUGCAGCCUCGACGUUCUGCCCUGAGCCCAGCACCCAAGACUGCUCCCCUCGGCUCAGCACUGCUGAACCACUGUGUGCACAGGGCUGGGGGGGGUCUCCCCGUGUGUCUCGUGGGCCUGACACCCUCCACCCUCUCCGCCAAAAUUAAGCAUGGCAGCACUGCCCUCGAGGGGGCUCUGUGUGCCACUGACAGAGACCCCCACAGGCACGUGGUGCUCCUGCUCGAGCCGGGCGCUUUGUCGGCCCUGCCCAGGGCCUUGUGUUCCAGGAGCACCGUGUAUCUUCUUUGUCCUUGAAGCAGGGACAAAACUGACCUUUGCCUUGGCAUCCGGGGCCCUGGCCCCCACAACUGACACCUCCCACCUCCCUCGGUGACAUGGCCUCUCUGGGGCUGACUUCCCAAGGAAAGCCCAUAGGCCAGCUUGCCAUGGCCAAAGCUCAGAGACGACCAAGGACGUAGCAGCGACAAUGUCACGAGGGGUAGCUGGGCAGGCCCAGCUACAUUCUCUCUCUUCCUGGGGACUGGCUAGCAGGCAAGAGGUUCUUGGGACCCUCAGAAUGUCUGGACACCCGAGCAGGUCUGCGGACCGCCUCACCCGAGAGGAGACACGCCUUCUUGUGUUUGUAAGGACUUAACCAUGUAUGCACCUUCGAUGGGAUUUUGUAACCUUUUAUAAUUUUUUAUACAUAUACACAAAAGCAGCUUCUUAACCAAAAGGCUUCACACAUGAGCCAGAGUCGUGGGCAUUUGUACCCUUGAUCUUUGCGUGUGGAUCUCCCACCCUGAAGAGUCAUGAUGAAUUAAACCAGGCUGCCCACGCUGGGAAU